AUGUUGGAACGCAAAGAUCCAGAAGGAAACUUAUACGUUUUUAAUGAAGAAGAUUUACCGUAUGAAGAGGAAAUCUUAAGAAAUCCUUAUUCUGUGAAACAUUGGCAACGUUAUAUAGAUCAUUUAAAAAGCACUAAAAGUAGUAAUUUAAAUAUUGUAUACGAGCGUGCGUUAAAAGAACUUCCUGGAAGUUAUAAGUUAUGGUACAAUUACCUACGUCAACGUGUGAGCCAAUUGAAGGGAAGAUGCAUAACAGAUCCUCUUUACGAAGAUGUAAAUAAUGCAUUCGAACGUGCAUUAGUUUUUAUGCAUAAAAUGCCUCGAAUUUGGAUGGAUUAUUGUACAUUGAUGACUGAACAAUGUUAUAUUACACGUACUCGUCAAGUUUUUGAUCGUGCGCUUAGAGCUCUUCCUAUCACUCAGCACCAUCGAAUAUGGCCAUUGUAUAUUGAAUUUUUAAAGAAACAUAAUGUAUAUGAGACUGCUAUCAGAGUUUUUAGAAGAUAUCUGAAGUUAGCUCCGGAAGACACAGAAGAAUAUAUUGAGUAUCUAAUAUCAAUUGGUAAACUGGACGAAGCGGCUGUAAAACUAGCACAGAUUGUUAAUCAAGAUGAUUUUGUAUCGAAGCAUGGAAAAUCAAACCAUCAACUGUGGAAUGAAUUGUGUGAUUUAAUAUCAAAGAAUCCUUCUAAAAUAAAAUCUCUUAAUGUAGAUGCUAUUAUCAGGGGUGGUUUAAGACGUUAUACUGAUCAAUUAGGGCCUUUAUGGAAUUCUUUAGCAGACUAUUACGUUCGUAGUGGUUUAUUUGAAAGGGCAAGAGACAUUUACGAGGAAGCAAUUCAGACAGUAACUACUGUUAGAGAUUUUACCCAAGUUUUUGAUGCUUACGCGCAGUUUGAAGAACUUAGCCUCAGUAAACGUAUGGAAGAAGCUUCCAAGAAUCCUACUGAAGAUGAUGAUAUUGAUUUGGAAUUAAGAUUAGCACGAUUCGAACAUUUAAUGGAAAGACGUUUAUUAUUACUUAAUUCCGUGCUAUUAAGACAAAAUCCUCAUAACGUGCAAGAAUGGCAUAAAAGGGUUAUGCUUUAUGAAGGGCAACCACACGAGAUUAUCAAUACGUACACGGAAGCCGUGCAAACUGUGCAACCACAAUUAGCAGUAGGUAAACUGCAUACCUUGUGGGUUGCGUUUGGCAAAUUCUAUGAAGAAAAUGGACAAAUAGCAGAUGCUAGAGUAGUUUUCGAGAAAGCCACUCACGUUCCUUAUACCAAAGUCGAUGACCUUGCUUCUGUGUGGUGUGAAUGGGCAGAGAUGGAAAUUAGGCAUGGAAAUUAUAAAGAAGCUCUAAAACUAAUGCAUCGUGCCACUGCUAUGCCGUUCCGUAAAGUAGCUUAUCAUGAUGAAACCGAAACUGUACAAAUGAGAUUAUACAAAUCUUUGAAAGUAUGGUCUAUGUACGCCGAUCUGGAAGAAAGUUUUGGUACAUUUAAGACAUGUAAAGCAGUGUACGAUAAAAUCAUAGACUUAAAAAUUGCGACACCACAAAUCAUUAUUAAUUAUGGUCUCUUUUUAGAGGAAAAUAAGUACUUUGAAGAAGCUUUCAGGGCAUACGAAAAGGGAAUCGCGCUUUUCAAAUGGCCGAAUGUUUAUGAUAUAUGGAAUACUUAUCUUACUAAAUUUUUAAAACGUUAUGGCGGCACAAAAUUGGAACGAACACGAGAUUUAUUUGAACAGUGCUUGGAACAUUGUCCACCGAAAUAUGCCAAAGCUUUGUAUUUAUUAUACGCCAAAUUAGAAGAAGAACAUGGUCUAGCCAGGCAUGCUAUGUCCGUGUAUGAACGAGCAACAAGCGCUGUUCUCCCGGAAGAAAGAUUUGAGAUGUUCAACAUAUAUAUCAAGAAAGCAGCAGAUAUAUAUGGCGUUCCAAAAACGAGACAGAUUUACGAAAAAGCCAUAGAAGUACUUAACGAAGAGAAUACGAGAGAAAUGUGCUUGCGAUUUGCUGAAAUGGAAACGAAGUUGGGAGAAGUCGACAGAGCUAGGGCAAUAUAUGCGCAUUGCAGCCAAAUAUGCGAUCCAAGGGUAACAUCAAAUUUCUGGCAAAUAUGGAAAGAAUUUGAAGUGAGACACGGCAAUGAAGAUACAAUGCGUGAAAUGCUUCGAAUUAAACGCAGCGUUCAAGCUAUGUACAAUACCCAAGUGAACAUGAUGUCUGCUCAAAUGUUAAACAAUGCUACGAAUCCACCAUCCGAUGUACCAUUAGAUGCAAUGCGACUUCUAGAUAGUAAAACACCAAGUACAGAUAACGUUACUACGUACAAGGAUAGCAUUAAAUUCGUUCGUGGUGUAACUGAAAAAGAUGGCAAACCGGAAUCUCAAGUAAAUAAUCCAGAUGAGAUUGAUAUUGACGUAGACGAAGUUAAUGACAAUGAAGUUGACGUGGAAGAAGAUAUACCUGUCGAGAAACAAAGUAUUCCGUCACAAGUAUUUGGUAGUUUAAAAACAACUGAAGGAGAAGACGACUAAGGCGUAGAUGUUUGCUCUUUACGGAUGCCGCCAAAUACUAUCAAUUCACCUCGACCCGCCACAAGCGAAUAAAGUAUUCUUUCAUCAGGACCUGAUUGAUUGUUAUACUUCAAAGGAAUCCAUGAAGCUGUACAUUCAUCACACAAGACAUUCGUAAUAUCCAACACGAAUAUAGAUAAUGUAUUUCCUGUUUUUUUCGCAGGUUUUGAUUGCGUUCUUCGAUUUCUAAUACUUUCUUCCAUUCUACGAAGAGAUUCUAAUUGCCUUUGUCUAUUACUAUUGGUGCCAUUACGCACUGGUUCAUCACGAAAAGCAGCCAUACUUAAAACAUUAUCAUUGCAUAAUGUUAAACUCUUUGUAAAGUUAGAAGGAUGAGAGGAAGGACGUGGAUUUUUCACAGGCACCCUUGCAAAAGAUCCAUGUCGACCAUUAACAUUUACAUCUCUAUCAAUUUGAGGUCCAUUUCCUUGCCUGAAACCAAAAGAUAAUUUUAAAUUUACGUAAAACUGAUGUUAACGGUAAAUUUAAACGACCACAAACCUUCCAUGUACAGAAGAAUCGUUUGUUUGCGGUGAGACUGUUUUCUGACAAGUAACUUUUUUCAGUGAUAUACUCAUAUCAUUUGGUUUGUUCUGACACUUAUUUAUACUGAGAACAAUAACAUAGUUUCCCACCUAUUAAAUUAUAAAAUAGAUAAAUGAUAUAGGAUAUUACAACUUGUAAAUAAUAGUAUUUGAAAUAAGAUAUUACUUUGCAAGCUUGAUGACACCAAAUACGCGUCGGUGCCCAUUCUGUAUUAUGCAUAUUUACUUUUCUCCAUGUCCAAGUUUCACCUUCCAUUUUCAGCAACCAAGCAUCGUUCAUGGCAACAUUUGGACCAGUACAGCCUCCUAAUUUUUGAAAUAUUAAUAAUAAAUCCUUUGUCAAAUUAUAUUGUGAUAAAGGAAUCUCUCACGAAUAUAAUAGAUACGAUAUUUUACCUAAAACGAGAAGAUGUUUAUCUCCAAGCUCAAUUUGUGAUUGACCAUAGCGCGGUUGUGGUUUCAAGUUUGAUGUGGCUUGUUUAUGCCAACUGUACGAAUCCAGAUUCAAACACCAUACGUCAUUGGAUCUACCUCAAAAUAAUAUCUUGUUAUGAGAUUAAACUUUGAGAGAAAAA